CGCGCAUCUGCAAACCAACUUUUUCCUCUCUCGUGCUUGGCAGCUCCGGCGAAUUCAUCUGCUUAUCUGUCACCGUUCUCCGGUGAGGUCUACUAAGGCUUAUAGCUCAAAGAUGGGUGUUAAAGCAAGGAAGAAAGCAAUAACGAAGAAAUUGAAAAAGGGAGCAAGCGAUUUUUCUGCUUCUUCAGCUUCUAAAGAUGAAGCCCGUGAGUUUCUGCCAUUAGAAGGUGGGCCAGCGCAGAAGCUCCCAAAGACUGAAGUAAGGGAAAAUAAAGCAACAGUGUUAUAUAUCGGGAGAAUCCCACAUGGAUUUUAUGAGAAUGAAAUGGAAGGUUUCUUUAAGCAAUUUGGUACCAUCAAGAGGCUUAGAAUUGCAAGGAAUAAAAAGACAGGAAAAUCAAAGCAUUUUGGCUUCAUAGAAUUUGAGUCUCCUGAGGUUACAAAAGUUGUUGCGGAAACUAUGCAUAACUAUCUCUUGUUUGAGCACUUACUUCAAGUUCAGCUUAUUCGUCCUGAACAUGUACAUCCAAGUUUGUGGAAAGGUGUGAACCGCUGGUACAAACCCUUGGAUUGGGUUAAAAUUGAAAGGAAACGUCAGGACAAGGAAAGAACACUGGAUGAUCACAAGAAGUUGGUUGAAGGAAUAUUAAAACGUGACAAGAAGAGGCGAAAGAGGAUUGAAGCAGCUGGAAUUGACUAUGAGUGCCCAGAAAUGGUGGGUUCAAUUCAGGCUGCACCAAAGAAGAUCAGAUUUGAUGCAGAUUAGAUCGUUCCAGCAGAACUGAGUUAGCAUGAAGAUUAAUAUUUGGCAGUUUGCAUUUCAAUUCAUGGUCAUGGCAUUGGAACUGUGCUACUGAUGGGAUGCUGUGUGCUGCUUAAAUUUACUAAAUUGUCAACGAAGGUGGAAAGAUUGCUAGCACCAUACAUUUUUCUGAUAGAAUUAGCAUUUAUCAUAGACGACACCGAGGCUGUAAGACAUUCCAAACAUCUACUUGUAUUAGCCUUAAUUUUUGUAACUCCGACUCGAAAUGACUAGUGGAAUUCUUCGGGUGAUAAAAUGGAUUCUGUCCACGCUCUGGCUGGUAAUGUAUCUCAAUCAAAGUGUUUGGUCUUUGUGUGCCAGAUUUGUGGUUUCUUUUGAUCCUUAUGUAACAUUUCCUGCGGAAGGUACAGUUAGUGAAUUACAUCAUCUUAAAUUUGUGAA